UAUACAUGUGACAUACGUACAUACAUAUGUCUCGUUUAAUUGUUGUUUCAAAUUAUGUAUGUAUUUAACAUCGAAAUUUAAUUAUUACAGAUGAUCAUUUUCUAAACUCUUGUAUGUUGCUAUGCUAAAAUAGUGUGUGAAUAAAGAUAUAAUGAGUGAAUAGAAUGUUUAUUAUAAAUGCAAUGAAAAAGGUUGUAUUUGUAUAUUACUUAUGAAUACAAACGCAAGUUCCUCGUUCCUUUUCGGAUUUUUCAUAUAACAUGGAAAACGAAAAAGAUAUAAAUCAAAGUAGAGAAACAGAAAAUGAUAAACAAGAUACAAAUAUUUCUGAUCAUAAAGAUUGUCAUGACAUUGACAAAAAUCUUUCGGAAUUAAAUCCGAAUAUUAGCAAACGACAACUGAAAAAAAUAAAGAAAAGAGAAAAAUGGUUACAACGAAAGAGUGAGAAAAGAUUAAAGGAACGGGAGAAAGCAAGACAAAAACGAGCACAUGCUCGUGCAAAUAAUAUAGAUCUUGGACCAUCUAGGAAAGCUUUAAAAAAGAGUACCAUGGCUGAUAGUAACUGUAAAAUUGAAGUAACUAUUGACAUGUCUUUCGAUGACUUAAUGAUCGAUAAAGACAUUGCAAAAUUGACCAAGCAGAUAUUAAGAUGUUAUACAUUGAAUAGGAGGGCCCUUGCACCAAUGCAAUUUUCCCUUACUAGUUUUAAUGGUACAUCAAGAACACACAUGCAAAAACAUAAUGGAUAUCAACAUUGGGAUGUAAAAUUUUACGUGGAAGGAUAUUUGGAUAUUUAUCCAAAAGAGAAAAUCAUAUAUCUAACUAGUGAAUCAGAAAAUGUGAUCAAUCAUCUAGAACAUGAUUGUGUGUAUGUUAUAGGUGGUCUUGUUGAUCAUAAUAGUCAUAAGGGUUUGUGUCACAAAGUAGCCAAACAGGCUGAUGUAAGGCACGGUAGACUUCCUUUAGAUAAAUUUUUACAAAUGAAAGCUAGGAAGGUUUUAACUGUUGACCAUGUGUUCGAAAUCUUGCUUCGAGUUAGUGAAGGAGGAACCUGGCAAGAAGCAUUUUUACAGGUAUUACCAGAAAGAAAAAAUGCUCAGCCAAUUUCAUCUUUAGAAGAAACUAAAAGUACAUUAAAUACUUGUGGAAAAGGAGAAAAUAUUUGUGAGGAAAAUGAUGAAACAUCUCAAUUUCUCAGAUCUUUAAAAGAAGACAAGGACGUGUUGAAUAUGUAUAAAAAAAAAGAAAAUAUUUUUUACACAAAUAAUACAACAAAAGCAAGUGUAGAAGCUAUUGAUGAUAAUAAUACAAAUACUGUAUGUAUAUAAUAAAAUUACAAUAUACAGUAAACAAGUCAAGCGAAAUAUUGCAUUGUACAAAAAUAUGAUUUGCAUUUCAAAACGAAUUCAUCUUUGUUAGUAUUGUAUAAUACAAGUUCUCACA